AUGCAAAGCGAGGUAACUAAUUUAAAUGACUUGCUGGCGCGCACAUUCCCUGGUCUCGAGGCGGAGCGCAACAAGAGCGGCGCCUUCAUUAUCAGAGGUGUCGCUCAGGUCGGGGAACUUUAUAAUAUAAAGCUCUUCUUGCCGCACUACCCGGAGCUGAGGGACCUACAGUUGUACGUGUUACAGAACUUUGAGUAUCAAUCCUACCACAGUGGAAAUCUUAAACUAGAAUCCGAAUGGGGUCUGGAAGAAUUACUGUCGCGCUUACCCCAACUUGUGUCUGUGUCGUCGACAAUGUCAAAUAAAUCGAACCCUGACCACCACCACCCCAAAAUCAGCGACAUAUAUUUCGAGAUUGUGGCCCUACAGGACUCCCAGGAAUACCACAUGCAAAUGAAUGUGCAACGGACACGGGUGCGCUUUAGCCGCUUUGUCGACUACGACCAGCACUACCUGGAGCUGGAGCUGCCCACGUUAAGCCUUCUAGAGCACAGUUUGCCGGAAUGUGUCAACUGGAACGAGCUGUUUAAGCAACAGGCGCGCACGCUCAGCGAGCCAUUGGCACUUUAUCUUAAGUUUUUAGAGGAACUGAGUCCCUUUUACGAGAGUUUCGUGGACAUAGACGAGUUGUGUCAAGUACUGCAGCCAUAUCCUAUCACCACAAAAGACAGCAUUCGCGUGUUCCCGCUUAAGGAUCGUGUUUACAUUAAGCUAAGCAUUGCAGAUCCCUUUGCCAUUCACUCAUCCAUGGAGUUGCAGAUCAUUGGACCGACCGAGGAAGUAAGUCACCUGCGUCAUGUGCUUAGCGAUGGGCUGAGUAGCUGGGACAUCGAGCUGAGCAUACAUAACAAUCUACUGAGAAUCUUUGAUCUGUGCUACUUUCCAAUGCCUCUGAGCGAUUUGAGUACUAGCAAGGCUGAGGAGGAGCAGCAACAUUGUAAUAUUUGUUACGUUUAUCGCUUGGACGGAGGCGAAGUACCGCUUGUGUCCUGCGACAAUACCCGCUGCGUACUCAAGUGUCAUGCGGCAUGCUUAAAGAAAUGGUUCAACUCCCUGUCAGGAGGCAAGACUUUUCUUGAGGUAUCCUUUGGGCUAUGCCCUUUCUGCAAGGCGAAACUAUCCACCUCCUUUGUGGCGCUUUUAAAUGAAUAAACAUAUCCCAGGACAUUCUCCAUUCCGCACACUUGCAUAUUUAUUCACAUACAGUAGUAAAACAUUGUAAGCAUAUGGAGACAAUUGUAAAAUGAAUUUGCAAAGUGGUUAGCUUAAGUGUCACAUUUGUAAAAUACGUUUUAUAUUUAAUUAAACUUAUUAGAUUAAAUUAAA